AUGGGGGGGUUCGGCCUCCUUCAGGCCAACGUGGCCCGCUCCCCCAGGGCCCAGGACCUGCUUAUGCAGGCCCUGGCGGAGGGGGGCCACACGUUAGCGGUAGUGGCCGAGCCGAGCCGCGUCCCGCCUAACCACUCGAACUGGUUGGGCGGGCGCAGAAACAAAACUAUCGCCAUUUACUGGCAGUCGUUGCAGGGUGCGCCCACCACGACCGCCCUAGAAAGAGGCGAUAGGCACGUCAUCGUGCAGUGGGGGCCCAUCACGGUCGUGGGGGUUUAUUUAAAACCCACCAAGAGCCUCGUCCAUUUUGAGGGCUGGCUGUCGGACAUCGAGCGAUUUGUUCGUCGCUUGAGUCCGAAGCCGGUCCUGGUUGCCGGGGACUUCAAUGCCUGGAGUACGGCUUGGGGUUCCCGGCGAACCAACAGCAAGGGCGAGGCCUUAGAAAGGUGGACGGCGGCGCUCGGCCUGGUCUUGUUGAACCAGGGCCGGGUUUCCACCUGCGUGCGGCGGCAGGGAAGUUCCAUCAUAGACCUCACUUGGGCGACCCCCUCCGCCGCGCGACUAGUCACCGGGUGGAGGGUGAUGCGGGACACCGAGAAUUUAUCGGAUCAUCGAUAUAUAUCGGUGGAACUCGGUGUACUCGCAUCACUCGAGCGCCGCCGAGACACGACCGCGAUGGGCCCUCAAAAGGCUCCGCGAGGACGCCCUGAUGGCCUCCAUCGAGGCCGCCUGCUGGGUCCGGGGGACUUUCCCUGA